CACGCCCUUUCGGGCGGUCCGGGGCGACCGAAGCCCGUGAUCUGGUGUGGCGAGGGCGGUGGGCCCCGCCAUGCCCCGGUAUUAUGAAGACAAGCCGGAGGGCGGUGCGUGCUCGGGCGUGAAGGAGGACCUGGGUGCAUGUCUGCUGCAGUCGGCCUGUGUGCUCCAGGAAGGAAAAUCCCCACGGCAGUGUUUGAAGGAAGGCUACUGCAGAGCUUUGCAGUAUUCGUUUUUUGAGUGUAAAAGAUCAAUGUUGGAUGCCAGAUCAAGAUUCAGAGGAAGAAAAGGAUAUUGAUAACAUUAUGUUGGAGGCAAGAUGAAAACCACCCAGGAGUUUCUCUGGUCCUUAACACAAAAGAACCAGAAUGGGAAGCACAGUAGCUGCCGCAUCUGUUCGACCUCCGGGCCAGGUGGUCCUCCUAAGAACACCAGAGAAAUCAGAUCAGUGCCGUUUCUGAAUGCUUCUGCUGGGUGAAGUCAUUUAUAGAAGAUCCAUGGGACUGAACAACUAUGGGCUAAGAACUUACUGUGUUUUGGGAAUUGCCUAAUGGAGAGAUUCUGUUCAAGGAUGACUCUUCAGUCAGAUUCUACAGAAUGCAUACAGGAGACCACAUAAGGUCCGCAUAGAUAGUAACACAGAACCUGCUGCCAGCCUCCUACAACUUGUUUCUGGUUCUUGGUUUCAAUUUUAGGCCAGCCCUCUCCUCAUAAAGGGGUGAUAUCAGCCACAGUCUACAUCCUCAAGAUCUGGGCUCCAAAAAGGAGAGUAUGAGCUGGCCCACAAAUCACACCUACUGAAGCACUAUGGUCUUUUCUGGGUCCUAUGCUCCUGCUCCAUCCUUGGUGAUCUUGGCUAGAUCCUGGUCUCAGCAUUCACAGUCACAUAAGAUGAGCUAUGGGCCUCAUCCCUAAACAAUGGAAUCUGUAGCAAAUGGAAAGAACCGAUGUUCACUCUAGAUCGCAAAUGUCAGUGACAGAAAGUGGCUGGGAAAGUGUAGAAUCCUGAUCAUUUUAUUUUGACCUCUUGAUACAGUAGAGAGCCAUCAGGACACUCAAUCUUCAGUGUGAUCUUGCCAUUGAA